GAGGAUCUGAGAGCAUCCAAUUCAGCGCUCCCUGACAGUUGUGCACAGGGAAGGCGCCGUCGUAGAAACCGGACAGCUGGAGUUGUUGUUCAGUAUUAAUAAUACACGUGGCUAAGGAUAAAUGUUAUUAUAGGGUACCGUUUUAUGAUUUACAACGACAGAGAGAGCAUUCCAGGGAAUUUUAAUCUGCCGGGUUUCAGAUAUUACACCGGACACUAUUUGAAUCGCUAAGUCUCGUCCCAGUGAUGGCAGCGGAAGAGCUUUUGUUGUGCAUGGAAUAAAACAACUACAGGGCAGAGAGAACCUUUAGGCAUUUAGUGCAAGAAGAAUAAGAACAUCGACUGGGGAAAUGGUUUGUUUCUGGAAGACAUGCUGUGUGCAUCAGCACCAUUACGCGCGUAGAUCACCGGUCACCUGUUGAAGUUGCGUGGUGAGCUGGUUCAGGUUUUGCUUUCAAACGGGAGGAUCGACUUGAACAGCUCUUUAACAAAUGCCCGACCCGUCCACCGGUCUGUAUGAUGCACUGAUUCCCCGUUAUGUUGUAGGAUGAGCGCUGAUCUGGAGAGCGUUUCGCUCAACACAUCGGCAAACUCGGCCGGCUCGGGGGUGCGUGCGCUCUCGGCAAACGUUCGGAGGCUCCACAACGCUCUCAACCUGCUGCUUAGCGACCUGGAGAGAGAGCAGUUUAUCCACUGUCUUAAUGUGUACCACGCCAAGCGCAACGUCUUCGACCUGGUCCAAACUCUCAAAGUGAUUCUCAACUCGCCCGACAAACGACAGCUGCUGCCCAUGCUGCGCCUGGUCAUCCCGAGGUCCGACCAGCUGCUGUUCGACCAGUACACGUCCGAGGGACUCUACCUGAAGACAUACCUCCUCCCCAGCAACUGUAGCGCGGAGGGUUUUGGAGACGAGGGCGACUCAACUCUGCAGAAAUAUGUCAGUUCCAUUCAGGAGCAGCCCCUCUCUUCGGGCUAUCCGGGUGUCAGCGCAGCGGCGGAGCCGUCGGCUUCCAUGGCCCCGCCAUUCUUCGAGGGUCCCUUUGGAGAAGUGCGCAAAGUCACCCUGACGCGCUCUAGGAGCCACGAGGGUCUAGGCUUCAGCAUCCGCGGCGGGUCGGAGCAUGGCGUGGGGAUCUACGUGUCCCUAGUGGAGCCUGGCUCGUCGGCCGAGAGAGAGGGACUCAGGGUCGGGGACCAGAUAGUGGCCGUUAACGACAUGAUGUUUGACAAUGUCACUCACAUAGAUGCAGUGAAGGUGCUGAAGGGAUGCAAGAUGCUGGCCAUGUCAGUGUGUUCUAUGGGUCGGAUCCCUGGAGGCUACAUCACCAACCACAUGUACAGCUGGGUGGACCCUCAGGGCCAAAGCGUCUCCCCACCGCCUGACAGCCAGGAGGCCAUUCAGAGGAAAGGGCACAGCAUGGAGGAGAGGACGGUAAAACUGAACAUGGACAAUGGUCGCUCUCUGGGCCUAAUGAUCAGGGGUGGUGCUGAGUAUGGACUGGGGAUCUACAUCACUGGAGUGGACCCUGGAUCUGCUGCAGAUGCUGGUGCACUAAAGGUAGGUGACCAGAUCCUGGAAGUGAACGGUCAGAGCUUUGUCACCAUCUCCCACGAUGAGGCAGUUCACAUCCUCAAAACAGGACGCCACCUGUUGAUGAAGGUGAAGGAUGUGGGUUGUAUGCCUCAUGCACGUACAGAAGUGGAUGAGACCAAAUGGAUCUGCAGUCAGCCCAUAGCUGAGACCAACGCUACAGCUAACCCAAGUUCUGUCACCAACCCCACUGUCAAUGCUGGCAUCCUUGCUAGUGUCAGUGCUAGCACCUGCAGUACAAGACCAUCCUCAGCCAGAGCUACACCUGUAUUAGGAAAGCCAGCAGUAUACAGAGGUGUGGGCCCACCAGGUGCGCAGGUGUCUUUGGAGCAGCAGGCCUACAUGCUGCUGACGGAGCCAGAGAGGCAGACCAUGGCCUACUACAUGCAGGAGUACCAGGAAGGACAUAUAGGAGUGGAGCCGCUAGCCAUGGCUCUGUUUGAGCUCUUCAACACACAUGCAAAGGUGUCCAUGUUGUCUGAAGUGAGGAGUCUGGUGGCUCCCGAAGAUCUGGACUUGUAUGACAGGCUGGUGUUGCACCAUGAGAGGGAGGCCCACCAGGCUUGGCAUGGAAGCCUCGGAGUGCUGCAUCCACAGGGCCACUGCAACCACGAAGCACCUGUGAUCCAUGAUACAGGACACACUGUCCCUGCUAUGGAUGAAAUGCAAGCUUUAGGUGAAUCUCCUCCACCCUUCAGGGCUGCUCCUCUGCUGGCUCAGAGCAAACCAUCUAGGGAGAAGGAGCUCAGCCGGAAGCCUUCAGCCCGGCUGGUGCAGGCUGGCUCCAAUAUGCUCUUCACUGGCCCCACUCGGCUGCUCCAGGACUGCCUCCACAAGUCGCUGAAAUCCCUGCCCACUACCCAUCAGCCCUCACCAUCUGCCCAACACACUUGCACCAGUGCCAUCCACCACACUUCCCUCAAUGCACUGAAUCACACCUGCCAGAGUUACCUCCAGCUCUCUGACUCUGAACACCACAACCACUUAGCUCAUUGCUUCCACCACCAUGCUUCCAACCACAGUCGGCCCAGUUCAGGACACCAUACCUGCCCAGGCUUCCUGGCCCAUCGGGACACCUCCAGCUUUGCUAAGCCAGAAGCACCUGACAAGCUCUCUUCCAGAUCCAGCUCCUAUGAGAAAUCCUCCAUCUUGUCGAAGUCUGUGCCCUCUUCCAAAGCGGCAUCUCCCAUGCCAUCCCCUCAUCCAUCACCCCGUCCCUCACCAUGUCCCUCGCCCUGCCCCUCUCUCAUCACACCUGCUGCUCCACCCUGUAGUCCUAACAGGCCUUGCUCACCUGCUCUGAUACAGAAAGUCAUCAUAACAGAUAUGAACCGGCUGUCUGCAGACUCCAGACCACAGCAAAGAGGGGCCACCCUGUCCCAACUGUCAGACAGCGGCCAGACUCUGAGUGAGGACAGCGGGGUGGAUAUAGCCGAGGCAGGAGGCCUCAGUAAAGACGGCAGCCCUCGACCCAGCAGGAACCGGCAGGGCCAUUUGGAACAGCAAGGGGCCCAUACACCUCUUCCAGGGGCCACCAGACAAACUGGCUCACCGGUCCCGGUGCCCACUGCAACUGUGGUACGAGUGGUGAAAAAUGCCAACACCCUUGGUAUCGCCAUAGAGGGGGGAGCCAACACACGCCAACCUUUGCCACGCAUAGUUACCAUUCAGAAAGGGGGAUCGGCUCAUAACUGCGGCCAGCUGAAGGUGGGUCAGGUCAUCUUGGAGGUCAAUGGCAUUUCCCUUAGAGGUCGGGAGCACAAGGAUGCCGCCUGGAUCAUCGCCGAGGCCUUCAAGACCAAAGAGAAGGAUCACAUUGACUUCCUGGUGGUUGAGCCAGGACUCUAGUAUGAGGACUAUUGUAUUUUAUGCAGCUUUAUUGAAUUAGACACUGUUUUACUGCUUCGAGGGAACCUCAUGAACUCCUCAUGAUGUUGUCCUAUAACCAUGGCCCUCAUUUUAAUUUCAGGGAAAGGAUUAGUAAAAAGAUGUGUUGGGUAUUUGUUGAUUGCACUCUACUAGGAUUUGCACAAUUGAAAUUUAGAAAAGGAAAUGACAUUAAUAUUUGCCAUAAAACUAAUAUGCAAUUU